GAUCGGCGCGGCAUCGAUGUUCCCCGAAUGACUCUUUAGAUACAUACUAUUAUAACCCGAACACUCUCCACAUUCUCUUAGUUUUUGUUAAUCAAUGUAUAGCAUCUUCAAAUGUGCUAGACCUCGCACUUUCCUUUCCCAUCCCACAUACACCAUUACCAGAGCCAUUAGAUCAACAAUUACCACCUCCUCUAUACCUACCCCUAUUAACUCUCAUUUCACCACCAACAAAAUGGGGGAUUCACGGCCUGUCUUCUUCUUCGAUAUCGAUAAUUGUCUAUAUUCUAAGAGUAAAAAGGUUCAUGACCACAUGACUGAUUUGAUCGAUGUCUAUUUCAUGAAACAUCUUGAGCUCAGCCGAGAAGAUGCCUAUAAGCUCCAUCAAGAGUACUAUCAAACCUAUGGUCUCGCCCUUGAAGGUUUGGUGCGUCACCACAAGAUUGAUGCUCUGGAAUACAAUCGUCAAGUAGACGAUGCUGUCCCAUUAGAAUCCAUUCUUUCAGUGGAUACAAAGCUCCGCAAGCUACUCGAGGACAUUGACCGGUCCAAAGUCAAGCUUUGGCUAUUCACCAAUGCUUAUGUUACCCAUGGAAAACGUGUUGUCCGUCUACUCGGCGUAGAAGAUUUGUUUGAGGGUAUAACAUACUGUGACUACGCUCAGGAAAAGAUGAUUUGCAAACCUUACAAAGAAUCGUUCGAAAAGGCCAUGAGCGAAGCUGGAGUAAAGGAAUUUAAAGAUUGUUAUUUUGUCGAUGACUCGCUCAUAAACUGCGAAGCAGCUUAUAAACUUGGUUGGACAGCAGCUCACUUGGUUGAGGAAGGUGUGAAAUCACCUGCUAAGCCGGUAGCAAAUUUCCAAAUCAGCACUUUGGAAGAGCUAAGGACUGUCUACCCACAAUUUUUCACCACUAAAUAAAGCAUCAAUGAUGUGGUAAGAAGUGUUCGACAUUCCCUAGGGAAGUAGUUCUCAUUAAUAGAGUGGACAACCAAAGAGAGUCCCAUGUUUGUUCUUCGGCAGAAUAGACUAGAUCAAUACAUAAUAUAUACCCCUUCUUCAUAUUUUCUGAAACUAUCUCAAUUAUCCUCAGUGAACAAUCUUGUCACGCGGUA